UACGGAUAAUUAGAGACAUGUAAAAUUCAAAAUGGCCGUGUAAACAGUUUUCAAAGAGCCAACUAAAAUGAGUUACCUGAGCGAUAAAGAGCUGUACGAGCUGCUUCGAUCUCAUGGAGAAUCAGUAGGACCUAUAACCGAAACAACUAGACCUUUAUAUGAGAGGAAAGCUUUGAAACUGACCGAGAAAACUAAAGCUGGGAAGAGCACACAGGCCAGGAGUAACAGCAGAGCCAAAGAUAGAUAUACUGGCACUGGUGCUGUUAUUAUCCCUGGGGUUGCUAAUAUGAGCCCCAGUGUUAGUGGAAAUAGAAUACGGGAUAAAGACCAUGAAUUUUUAGAUGAAAUCCCAGAUAAUGACCACACCCCACCUCGUAUCCGUCUCACCGCUCACUCCGGUUGUCAUGGUAAUAGCGAUUUGGAUUCAAACUGGGAUCAUCCUGAUAGAAGAUUUUCGGGUCGUAGUGAGAGAGACACGGAGGAGAGUAGUAUCUCUAACGUUUUUAAGAUAAUAGGAGAGAAUGUCUGGAAAGGUGGAGAGAAUGUUUGGCGAGGAGUGGAGAAAAUUGUCAAUCAAGUGACGGAUGUCAUUUCGCCCACAGAUUCUCAGAGAAAGAGAAGGAAAAAUGAUCAUGAUAGUCCCGGGAUUUCCGGCAUAAAAAGACUAAAAUUAUUUAAUUCAGAAGAGGAUGAUUAUGACUUUGUGUUGCCUUCAGCCCCGCCCAUGCCUGUACCUUCUGCUCCACCCAUGCCAGAACCUAUUCCAUCAGCUCCGCCCAUGCCGCCAAAGAUAAUUCCUUCAGCCCCGCCCAUCGAACCCUCUCCAUUUAUCCCGUCUUCUUUCCCUGUACACAAUCAGUCAUCAUCAAAGAAAAAACUAGCUCCUCCUAUCAUUCACCCUCCUGUUCGUAAACCAUCUCCUUCCCCACUCUAUCCUAGGCUACCUUCAAAAUCCUCUUCUCACAAUCCGUCCAGUACACAUUACGACUGGGAGCUCUUACCUACUGAUGUCCGUAUAUGCCAACGCCCCGAUGGCUCCCAGUGGAAACUCGGCAAAGGAGGUUUUGGCGAGGUCUUUAAAGGUCUAAAGGACGGGAUUGAUGAGGUGGCUGUCAAAGUCAUCCAUUUGGUGAACCCUUCGUCCAUCGAUCAAUUCAAAUCAGAAAUUGAUUUAAUCAGUAAACUACGCCAUAAGCACAUCCUCCAGUUUUAUGGCGCUUGCAUGAAACCCUCGUUCUUCUACAUGGUAACGGAAUUAAUGGAGACUGACCUCUUCUCCGCUCUACGAGAUCGCGAUAAACGUCUUGUGUACAUGUGGUCAGGAAGAUACGGCAAAGACGUCCUAAUGGGCAUAGCCUCGGGUCUCAAUUACUUGCACUCUCGCCGCCCACCGGUCGUCCAUCGUGACAUCAAGAGUCCAAAUAUCCUCCUUGCGGAUAACGUAGCAAAGAUUGCAGACGUCGGGAUUGCAAGGACAAAAAUGGAGUCAGACAUGACAGCUCAGAGAGGAUUCACGAUUGCGUGGGCGGCACCUGAAGUCGUGUAUCGGAGACGUGCAACGGAGAAGAUUGACAUUUGGAGCCUUGGUAUAGUACUGUGGGAGGUGGUGACUGGUAAACCGCCAGGACCAGGGCAACUGGUGAUGCCUGCUACUUUGAGGAGUGAAGUCAAAAAACUUUACACAGAGUGUACCAGAGAAGACUAUAAUCAGAGACCUUCUGCAGCUGAAAUCCUCAUUAGUUUGAAAAAGAUUACAUAGUUCCUACAGUCCAGUCAUUGCGUGCAUGCAUGAUUAGGUUACAUGUACUGUGUAUAUCUGUUGUUGUGUUGUGACUGAUUUCCAAACUUUAUAUCAUACAUGAUACUUGCACCUUUGUAUAUGCAUUAAGAGAUCAUUCUUUAUGACACAAA